AUGGAUGGUGAUUGGUGCAGUUUGGAUGAGUUGGGGCCUCUUUCCAAACUCAGAGUUCUUGAAGUAAGUGAAUUAGAGAAUGUACCCACUACCUCGUAUGCUGCUAAUGCUAUGCUCGACGAGAAGAUGCAUCUUAUCAGGCUAAUCUUGAACUGCACCAGUAAACUCGGAGAUGAUGGGUUGGUCAAAGAGAAGGAAGGUGUCUCUGAGAAAGAGCAACAACGAAUUGAGAAGGUUUUUGAUAAGCUCAGCCCUCCACCUGGUAUAGAAAUACUUGGAAUCAAGGGGAGAGAUGAGGUCCACUUGGUGGAUCUUGCAUGGUUGCCACGCCUCUCUGUGUUGACUCAUCUUGACCUGAGCUUUGUGGAUCUUAGUCCUACGAGGGAUUGGGUUCACAUGUUUAACAUGCUCCCUUCUCUUAAAGUGCCCCGCUUGGUUUUCUGUGGCCUUAGUAGUACCGUGUGUGCUAGUAAUUUACAUUCCAAGUCCAACCUCACACAUCUCGAGGUCCUUGAUAUGCCUCGUAACUACUUCUUUGGCACUUCAUUCAAGCACAACUGGAUUUGCAACCUUACAAGCCUCAAGGAGCUCUACCUCAUUGGUUGUGGCUGGAAUGGGUCCAUUCCCAAUGAACUGAGAAACAUGAAGUCCCUUCAGGUCUUAAACUUGGGUUGGAACAAUCUUGAGGGUUUGCUACCAACCAAUUUAGAAGAUCUGUGUGAUCUGAAAGUACUGAAAUUGGAUGCUAACAACAUUAAUGCAAACAUGGGUGAGUUCCUAGAUCGACUGCCAAGGUGCUCACAGAAUACAUUGCAAGAGUUGUCAUUAGCCGAAACAAAUAUGACCAGAAAUCUACCCGUUUGGAUUGGGAACAUGACAAAUCUCAGUGUUCUUCAAGCAUCUUCCAACAUGUUGACUGGCCCUCUACCCAUAGGAGUUCGAGCACUUGGUAAUUUGGAGUUUGUGGACCUCAUCUACAAUAACUUCAAUGGUAUGCUCUUGCAAAAACAUUUUGCAAGACUAUUGAAUUUAGAGUAUCUAGACUUGUCAUACAACUCUUUGAAAUUAGCUAUCAACCAAAAAUGGGUUCCUCCAUUUAGAUUGAAGUUCGCUAGUUUUCGUUCAUGCGAUCUUGGACCUCAUUUUCCAGAGUGGCUCAAAUGGCAAUCUGGCAUAGAUGUUCUUGUUCUUGGAAAUUCAAACCUGGAUGAUGUUAUUCCUGAUUGGUUCUGGGUGACAUUUUCCCAAGCUUCAUUCUUACAUGCAGCAGGAAACAAGUUGCAUGGCUCAUUACCAGAAAAUUUACAACACAUGGUAGCUGACCAUAUAUACCUUGGGUCCAACAAGCUUACAGGUCAAGUCCCAUUGCUCCCAAUAAACAUAUCCCGUUUGAACCUGUCCUCGAACUCUUUCUCAGGGUCAUUGCCAUCAAACCUCAAAGCUCCACUUUUGGAAGAGUUGUUGCUUGCAAAUAAUCAAAUUAGAGGCAUAUGCAUGUCGAGAAUUGUCUUAGCUUAG